UCUGAUCCGAGGAUCAGCUGGAGGCAGCAAUAAACCGAAGGAAAGUCUGCAGCGGAAAAAAAUAGAGGAGAGGAGAAAAAAGCUGCAGAUGUUAUGAUCUAAAAACAUCAGUGUAACAUUUUUACACGAAGCCCUUCUUCUAAGAAGAAAGCUAUUUAUUUUUGUAUGUUUUAACUACCUCACUUAAAGACUAAAGCUAUGCUUUAAGAAUUGUUGUUGUUUCUACUGUGUGUGAGAUCUCGUUUACAACUUGAAUAAUAUUGCAAAGGCAGGCCUUUGCUCCAAACCAAGUGAAACCUUACAUUUGCACUACUGAAGCCUGUCCACUCCUGUUUGUCAAGACCGAGAUCCAGCAAAGGGCUUCAAGUGAUAAAAAGAGACAAAAAAAACAAAGAAUUGCUUAAAAAAGCAACAAGCGAUACCUAAACAAAAAUAAGAAAUUCAAAAAGGCAGCUACAGCUUUUUCUUUGUGGAAAACAAGAAGUCAUCAACACUUGAGAAAACAAGCAGUCAUGUUUCAGCGUUUGAGCAACCUGUUGUUUGGGGAGGUAGAAGAGGUGGAAGCUGAGCUGAAGGGACCCAACCCCUGUGUGACGGAGGCCGACGAAGAGGGAUGGAUGCUCGUCAACCUGCCUGAAGAAUCUGACUGCAUGGUGCAGGCGCAGGAUGAGACGGGAGCCCCACUGAUUACACAAUCAUUCCCAGACAGUAACCUAUCAAAUCAUCAAGUCACACAUACAAGGACUGAAUGCCCGGCCCCCAUUUCCCACCCCCCUCACAAGCGCCGCAGGACACAUAAAGGUCGGGCACGAGGUGCAGUAGCACUAUCAGACCCCCUGUCUUGUCCAAGCGCUAGCCCGUCAGACUCGGGUGCCACCACACCUGUGACCCUGCCGAGACGGGCCAGACUAGCCAUGCCCUCCUCCGCCCCGUCAUUGUCCCCUGGCUCUGGAAGUGAGUGUGGGGGCAGUGGGGGUAGAAGUAGGGCAGGUCCAGAGAGAGGCUGCAUGGAUGAGAGCUGGUUUGUCACCCCUCCCCCCUGUUUCACUGCAGAGGGAGCCACAGCGGAGGCCAGCCCGAUGGAAGACCUGCUCAUCGAGCACCCCAGCAUGUCUGUGUACGUCUCACCGAGCAACUUCUCCAUGGUCUCCAACAGCAACCUGUCUGUGGUGGGAGAGGAAAGCAUUGUCAGCCUGGCGAGCAGCGUGAGCAGAGUGGCAGAACCAGCUGCUGCCCCAGCCAGCCGCAGCACUAUGCCCACCAGGGUGAGCCGUGGAGCAGCUGCCCAGGCUGGAGCUCUGGCCAAGGUCACCCAAGUGGCCAGGGUCCAGCGUAACAAAGCCCGCAUCGAGCGACGCCAUCUGGGCCGUAACCGCAUCCAACGCCAAAACCGCACCAGGGAGCAGGUCCCUCGCCACGCAGCCCACGCCAGAAACACCUUCCUUCACCAGCCCAGCAAGCGUAACAUCUGCCACUAAACUCCCCAGCAACCAGGGGGCAUUGUUUACUCUGAGGGCAUUAGUAGUGCAUAGUCAACUCCAAGACACACAGGAUUAAAUGUAUUCACCCACUGCAUAUUUGCUUUCAUUUCUGCACAUUAUAUCAUAUUACACUCAGAUACCAGUUGACCAGCUUUUUGUUUUGGUCUAGUAGUCACAAACUAGCUCCACCUGGUAGUUUUAUGCCCCGUUCUGCUGUUAUGAACCAAGCCCUCUGAGUAGUUCCAUGUAGACCUUCAUUAUACUUGUUGUCUAUUGCAGUAUCCAAACAACUAAAAAUGUCUUCAUAAUAUUGAUACAGGUUAUACUUAGAAAGAAUAAUGUCUGAGAAAACAACAAAAAGUUUAGCUCUAUUGAUCUUUUCUCCUAUCUUAGUAAAAUAUUAUUUUCUUUCACGCAUGUUUUUUUUUUUAAAUAAUUAAAUAAUUGAAUCCCUAAAAUACUGUUUUGAAUUUGGAGAUAAUGAUUUUAAAUUUAAAACACCAAGUGUACUUUAAGACGUUUCUGGUGGAAACCAUGCAAGACAGAGACAAGUUAAUCCAUCAUGUAUUCAAAAGCUUUACUACACAGGUGAUUUAUUUUUUCAGAAAAGGUGGAAGGUUAUAUACCGUUUGGGACGAGUGGGAGCAGAAAAUCAUUAGACUUUGUUUCUUUCCAGUUUGGUCUGUCAACAUGUAAAGUGAAAGGACAAAGGCAAGGAAACAUGGGGCAACCUGUUUCAUCAUAGGAAACAAAUAUUGUGAUAUUUCUGUCUUCUCACUUUGUGAUGGAAGAGAGCAAGUAGAAGAUGGCGAGAGAGCAAAACAGACUAAAGAGUAAAAGUAAUGUCAGGAAUUAGAACUAGACAUUAAAAAGAACGUGGUUAACAUGAAACAGUCAUAGGAAAGUUUUAUGUAACCCUGUGAGCAGCCUGUGAGCAUAUAGAAAAUGACCCUUGUUUUGAAUGUUUCAUCUGUGUUGCUUUUGAUAAAGAAUAAGGCUAACUCUAACCCUUUUUGUGAACAUGAAGAUUGGUGUUAUGGGCACCCUUAAUAAAUACAUAAAUCGAAAAAUGUAUGAAUAAUAAUAAGGAGUAUGAAUGGAUUUCAAGUGAAAGGACACAGGGCUUGCCUUUGGGUUACAGGGUAUGGCAGGUUAUAGUAAGUGCAGAGCGGUAUUGAUGGCAACUCUUUAUUUUGUUUUGUGAAAUUGUUUUCUGCUCAUUUUGUCUUGUAAAUCAAACAUUAUUUUACAGUCUCUCUUUCUGCAUUGUUCCACCAAAGACAGAAAACAGUGUUCCUCUUAGACAAAGAGAAAGUACACUUUUGGCUUUUAAGGCCAACAAAUAAAAAAGAAAUAAAAAAAAUGCUCCCUGUAGUUAAUACACAGCAUGAUGAUCAUUAAAUGUGUGAUCUGUAGACUGAAGUAAUGUGCCCAGCACACAUCAGCCAUUUUCAUCCGUAGUGUGUGCUGUGAUCUUACGUUAUCCAUGUGAACACCAAAAAGAAAGUACAACCCAUUUACACAUCAGUCCAUUUCAUUGAAAAUUCACUUACCGCCCAGGAGGCAACUGUCAACAAGCCUAAUCGUCUUGCAUAUGGUCGUGCAACCCAUUGCUCUCUAACAUCUGCUCCAUUGCUGUCCACUCCUUUCUCGUUAGCACAUCCAGCUCUAACAGUUUCCACUUAAAGAUCUAGCUUACUGAUAUGUAUUCAACAACAAUAGUAAACAAUGGUGCUGAAGUGCAUACUAAUGUUUGUAAAUUAUUUGAGACAUGGAUGUAAGUUUGCACUGUCAUACAUUUUGUGAGUCAAAGUUUUAGCAGUGUGCUGUGUGCUUGUUUUUUGUUUUUCUUUUGUGAUAAUUAUUUUCUUUUUGUUUUGAUUCAAAUUGUGUGUGAAAAGGUGUACUGACACGUUGCUAGAAACUCUUAAAAAAAACAAAAAUAAGUUCAUUCUCUUGUAAAUAUUACAAAACAAUUUAUAACGCUCCGUUAGAUGUCAAAGCCUCUCAGGACUUGAGUCCACAACGUUGUGUCCAAUGGGACUAAAGAGAAUCCUCUCUCUGCCUCACCUCUGUGCUCAUUAUCAAAUCAAGAGGGCAUUUCAUUGGCCAAAAGUGGUGUGUUUGCCCCAACUUCAGUCUCAUCUCUUUGAGAUGCACCAUAAAACAGCACUAGAUUUAGAGUUGAUAUGCUAUAGGCAAACACUGCCCUCCAGAGGGUCCAUUUAGCACAGCUGUAUGGAUGCUGGUGAGGAUAUGUACAAUGACAUGGUUUUAAUACAAAGUGUUCAAAGGACAUAUUGUCUGAGGAUUCAUGUCAGAUUGAAAAAUGGAAAAUGGAAAUGUCUUGUCUCAUUUAGAUCAUCUAGAUGAGUAAAAUACAUUAUUUCCCCAUGAAUGACGUAUACCACAAUUUUUUUCAUUUCUGCCAAUAAUCCUAUAAAUGACUAUGUUUUAUCCAGAAUAUCUGUUAAUUUAUGAUAUAAUAUGAAUUGUAUAUUUUAUUCUGUUUAAAGAUGACUAUUAUGUAUCCUGUUGAUUCCUCCGAAUGGUGCAGGAGAUGGAUCUGAGGGGAUGAGUCUAACAUGCACAAACAGACACACACACACACACACACACACACACACACACACAUAGUGAUCUCUAUUAAGGCUUAGUAUUCUAAUUGAUUGUGUUUCCAAGUUGAAUUCUGUUUGUUUGUUGUAAAAUACAUACAGAGUGAAAACAGGGUAAUAAUGAGAGAUCACAUGUGAGUGUGUGUGUGUGUGUGUGUGUGUGUGUGUGUGAGUGUGUGUGUGUGUGUGUGUGUGUAUGUGUGUGUGUGUGUGUGUGUGUGUGUGUGUGUGUGUGUGUGUGUGUGUGUGCUUACAAAAAUGUAAAGACCAUCACAGAUACCCCUCUGCCACUACAAACCUGUCCUGUUUGCUUUAAUUUUAUGUCUUCCUUUCUCACCCACAUCAUGUAAAAAAGGAAAUGUGUUCUCAGUAUGUUGUGUGUGUUUAUUGGAAGGUGUGGUUUAAAGGUGAAAGUCUACAAUGGGGAGAGGGAGUGGUCACCAGUGUUGAUCCGAUAUGAUGUGGACAGGGAAAGGAUGAGGCAGGAGAUAGUUUAUAUAUUAAAAACAAUAUUAAAUGUAUUAUAAAAAAAAAAUACAAUAGAAUAUGCUUGUAUUUUCCCAUAUAGUUAUUAUAACAGUGGUACACCAAUAGGAUGUUUUAAAUGUGAGGCAUUGAAUGUCUGGGGAGUUCCAUAUGUUUUAUGUUGUGCCCUAAAAUGAUGGCAGCUUAAAAACACUUGGGGUUGCGCCCAUGUUAAAUCUAAAUUAGUACACUCAUCCCCUCAUAAAAAUUAAAUAUAGAGACAUAUAACAUUUGGUGUAUCUGAUAUCUACAGUAUGGUGAUUGUGCCUUUCACUAUUUCUGCAUGGUUUUUGUGAUGUACUGAUUUUUCCAACCCAAAAGUGGACAGUAGUCCACUGACAGGCAAGA